AUGGCACACUGCCCCAAAAAUGAAUACUUUGAUAAUUUGCUGCUCUCUUGUAAGCCCUGUCAUCUUCGAUGUUCUAGUACACCGCCACCUUCAUGUGAAAACUACUGUGAUAAAAGUACUGAUUCAAGUGGAGUUCUUUGGAUUUGUCUGGGUUUAGGAGUAAUUUUAAUGCUCACUCUGUUCACCUUAAUGAUCUUGUUUAAAUGGAAGCACCUGAAGCAACUAAAAGAAAAACUGAAAAACACAGACUCUUCUGUGGAGCUGAAUAAUAUUCUCAAGGCUACUACUGAAAGCAGUGUGAAUACAGAAGGAAUUAGACACUCACUUCAAAGUGAAACAUUAAUGUAUUCAGUGGAAGAAUGCACUUGCAGUGACUGUGGGUUGGUGAAACCUCAGACUGGCUGUGAAACUUCAUUUCCAUUACCAGCUACAGAAGAAGGAGCUACUGUUCUAGUUACCACAAAAUCUUUUGAUUAUUGCAACUAUAUUCUGGGUGCUGGGUGA